GUGGUAGGCCUAGGCCUAGUGCAGUGUGUUGUGCUUUCGUUUUCUCGAUUGGGCGGUCGCCCAGAUGAUGGAUUUCUACUAGCUGUGGAUACUGUGUUGUUACAAAAUUGUUUCCGAUCAUGGAGUUUAUGAAUGUAAUUUCGAUGUUUGGUUAGUUCCGUGUUUGCAUUGAGUGUGUAGAUUAGCGGAGGCAGAUCAGCUGGACAUCGCAACCGGUGUCAUUGACCCCUAGCAGAACACGGAACCUCUCAACCUGCACUCAAAUAGCAUUCAAGAUGGCGAACGCUAGCAACGGGGAACCAUCCAAAAAGGAAACCUGUGUAAACUUUGAACAAGGCUCAGGUUUAGAGUCCGACCAGGUCGAAAUAACAAUUCAUACUCCAUCGAAAGGCCACAAGAGAAAAAAGCAAGGGUGUCAGUUUUUGCCGAAGCCAUUCGAGCGUUCCAAUGGAAGCUUGUUGAAUCCAAGAUUUGACAGUGAGAUUUUGGAAUCUUUUUUGGUAAAAUGCUACUUACCACAAACCCGAAGAAUGUUCAGGAAAACAGUGCACUACGUCGCUGUAGCUUCCUUUUGUUGGGGCUUGUACUUCGCUCUUAUGCAGAUCCGCUACCCAACAGAACAUUGCAUUUACUACAUUGUGAGUGCAGCUGUCCUACUCCUCCUCAUGCUGGGUUUCUCAUUCUUUACACGUACCAGGCAUUUUGCAAACUAUUCAAAGAUUGUCUCUUUCGUUCUUGCCAUUUUGCUAGUUGUAACAGUCCAACUUCCGUAUGUUUUCGAUGAUCCUGAUAUAUCGCCCAUCGGAACAUUCUGUAGUGUUGUUGAAAUAUUAAUUUUGUUGUACUCAUUUUUUCCCUUCAACCUUUUCACUGCUGUUGGACUCGGGGGCUUCCUCUCAAUAACCUAUGAGGUGUUUACAGCUCUUAGAUACGAUAAAAUGCAAGAAGUGAGUUUUAUCAUCUGUAAAGUUCUAUUGCACUUCAUUCUUCACCUCAUUGGUGUCUUCAUUUUCAUAACGUCCAACACGAGGUUGAGGAGCAACUUUUCUAAGAUCGGUCAGUCAGUGAGUGCGCAGCGGGACCUCAUGGUGGAAAGGGAAAUCAAAGAAAAAAUGAUUCAUUCCCUUAUGCCUCCGUCUGUGGCCAAAUCUGUAAUGGCUACCCACCCGGCCAAGGAUGAAGAAGACGAAGAGGAAAACUCCAGGAGAAGACGCAAGACAAGGCAUGUGAGGGGAGAAAUUAUUUUCCGAAAGUUUCAAAUGGAUGAGAUGAAGAAUGUCAGCAUUCUGUUUGCGGAUAUCGUCGGAUUUACCAAGAUGAGCUCUAAUAAAACUGCCGAGCGCCUUGUGGGUCUCCUCAAUGAUCUUUUUGGAAGGUUCGACAAGUUGUGCAAUGCUUCAGGCUGUGAAAAAAUCAGCACCCUUGGAGAUUGCUAUUACUGUGUUUCUGGAUGUCCAAGUCCCAGCCCGGAUCAUGCUAAAUGCUGUGUGGAAAUGGGCCUGAGCAUGGUUCUUGCCAUCCAAGCGUUUGAUGAAGAUCAUAAUGAGGAGGU